CGCAUGGCAACACCUAAAAAAAAACAACAAAAAAAAUCAAGAUAGAUGAUGUCGAAAGUAGGAUUAAUUUUUGUUUCAAAAAUAAUUAUUUAAACCAGUUAAUUUAUCACAGUUAUGUUCUAACAAUGAAAUAAGUGUGUAAAUAAAAUUAGUGUACACUAGUGAUUAUGGCGCACGGCGGUGGUGUCCUUAGCUCGGACAUAUCCAGAAGAAACCCGCAGGACGAAUAUGAACUUAUUCAAAGAAUUGGCUCAGGAACCUAUGGAGAUGUGUACAAGGCGAAACGCCUCACAAACAACGGGGAGCUAGCGGCCAUCAAAGUCAUCAAACUGGAGCCAGGAGAUGACUUCGCCAUCAUCCAGCAGGAGAUCCUCAUGAUGAAGGACUGUAGACAUCCGAAUAUAGUCGCGUACUACGGGUCGUAUCUGAGACGGGAUAAGCUGUGGAUCUCUAUGGAGUAUUGUGGUGGAGGGAGCUUGCAGGACAUAUACCACGUGACGGGUCCCCUAACCGAGCUCCAGAUAGCGUUCAUGUGUCGCGAGACGCUGACCGGCCUGUCGUACCUACACCGCAUGGGCAAGAUGCACAGAGACAUAAAAGGCGCCAACAUCCUACUAACAGAGUGCGGGGACGUGAAGCUCGCAGACUUCGGAGUGUCCGCUCAGAUCACGGCCACCAUCAACAAGAGGAAGUCUUUCAUUGGGACCCCGUAUUGGAUGGCGCCUGAGGUGGCAGCCGUGGAACGGAAAGGUGGCUACAACCAACUCUGCGAUAUUUGGGCGUGUGGAAUUACAGCUAUAGAGCUAGCCGAGCUCCAACCACCGAUGUUCGAGUUACACCCAAUGCGAGUGCUCUUCCUGAUGUCCAAGUCGGGAUUCAAACCGGCGGUACUGAAGGAGCGCGAGCGCUGGUCCCUACACUUCCACUCGUUUCUGAAGGCGGCACUCACUAAGAACCCCAAGAAACGACCCACGGCCGACAAGCUGCUGCAACACCCCUUCGUAAUGCAAGAUUCAUUGAGUAAGCGUUUAUCAGUGGAACUGCUGCAGAAGUACUCUAACCCGCCGAGCACCUGCCAUAGUCAAGAGGACGAUGAAGGAGCACUAUCAAACGUACCCCAGCGAAUAGCGUCAAAGCACACGGCUCGAGGCAUCCGAACGGACCAACAGCAGGGCAGGCAAAACCUGUCAGCCAAUCACGUGCGCCCCCGCUCGCUAAUGUCAGACAACGUCGCGCGUCCCACCUCGCUAUUGGACGAUGAGACUUCGACCAAUCGCGUGAGGUUGUUAGCGGAGGAUUCGUCCAAUAGACGCUCGGGGGUGUAUGAUGGGUCGCCGAUAGUGGAUUUGGAUGCGGAUGAUGAUUUGAGUUUGAGGUCUAUGCCGACUGUUAUUAACUUUUCGGCGGAUGUCUCGAGGAGUUGCGAAGGGGAUACUAUUAAGAGGAAUGUCCACCACAACAGACAGUCCACGGAGGGCUGGAGCGUGGCCUCGCUCAUGUCCUGUCCCAAACACAAUCCUCAGGAUAUGAGCACUGAUACCAUGCCGGCUAGCGAGAAGAGCCUAUUACAAUACAUUGACGAAGAGUUGAUGCUAAGGGCAACCCUACCGAUGACAGCUGACGCUUCGAAUAUGGCACAGUCUGGCAGCGGCCUUUCAAUCCACGACCAACACUUAUCACAGUGCAUACAGCUGAAACAAAACUUCUUAAACUCAACAAACACUUACCAAAGCAUUGCGGCGAAUUUUCGACUACCGGCCGACGAUAUCCUAAGCCGAAAGCUCGACGCAGACAUAAUGUAUGCGGACCAAACCUCGGAACAAGUAUUCGACUCGCCACAGAUCAGAAAUCCCAACUGCGAGUGCCUACUCUGUCCGAAACCUCAGAAGAAUGACAACGCGUUAAGUGAUUUACAAAGAUCUGUGCCUCCUAAAUGUAAUUGCGAUUCCUGUAAUUCAAACGGGGAUAUUUUGAGCUAUUACAAGAAUUGCUCCAAUCAGAACUCAGAUUCAGGGAUAGUUUACUGUGACGUUUGCAAGAAGCAGAAGAUAUCUGUUUCUAACUUCAGAGCGUUGCAAAUUGCGAACAGUUUGUCAAUAGAUUCGGAUAGGAUAGAGAAUGGAACGGAUGAAGAGUUGUGUCGGAAAAUUGACAUGAGUUUAGACAUGGAUGACAAGGCGGAACAUAGGAAAUGUCAUAAUAGAGUAGAGACUGAAACGCAAGGCAUAGACUUAGACCAGUUUUGUCAAUGCGAGAUCGAUAGUAAAAGGAAAACGUCGUCAGUGGAUGAGAUAUUUAGGAUCGCCGAGGAGAUAAGCCGAGAUAACAAGAGCACAGACACAGCCUCCGAGGGCGCGGGCGUGAGUCAGCGGCAACGGAGUCUGUCUGAUAGCCAACGGGAUAAGGCUAAAUUAGAUAAUAACAGCACAGGCACCCCCCCCGUCCCGCCCCGCCGGUCCCGCCCGCGCCGCGCGCACACCCCCCCGCGCCCCGCGCCCAACGGACUGCCCCCCACGCCUAAAGUGCACAUGGGCGCUUGCUUUAGUAAGGUGUUCAACGGAUGUCCGCUGCGAAUAAACUGUACGGCGUCUUGGAUCAAUCCUGAAACGAGAGAUCAGUAUAUUCUUAUUGGUGCUGAAGAAGGCAUAUACUCGUUAAACCUGAACGAAUUACACGAGACGGCGAUGGACCAGCUCUACCCGCGACGGACGAUAUGGCUGCACGUUAUUAAAGACGUGCUGAUGUCGCUGUCAGGCAAGACGCCGUCGCUCUACCGUCACUCAUUGGUCGCGUUACUCGCGGCACGGAAGUCUCGCACGCUAUUGGCCCUCCCGCCGCGCUUGCUGCCGCGGCGGCAUGCGUUGUCGACUAGGGCUAGUGAUACUAGAGGCUGCACCCGCUGCGCCGUAGCUCGCAACCCGUACAACGGCUACAAGUACCUGUGCGGCGCCACGCCGUCGGGCCUGUUCCUCAUGCAGUGGUACGACCCGCUGCACAAGUUUAUGCUGCUCAAGAACAUAGAAUGCGUGGUGCCGUCACCCCUCACAGUGUUCUCGCUGAUAAUAGUCCCGGAGCUGGAGUACCCGCUGCUCUGUGUCGGCGCCGGCAGGAGGCCGAUACGGCUGCACCUCAUCAACAUCAACUCUGGCGCCACCUGGUUCCACUCCGACGAACUAGAACUGUCACUAGGAAGCAGCAACACCGUCAUACCGCGCCCGGAGCGGCUGCACACCGUGCACACCGCGCACCAGCUCAAUAAGGACACUGUGCUAGUAUGCCACGAGAACAUAAUCGACCUGGUCCCCGUAUUACCACCGUCGCUGGACGCGGCAAGAUGGCGGGCUCCAGAGGAGAAGAAGAGUAAUUUUGUGAGCCGGAUCGUGUUCGACUUCCAUAUUGAUCGGAUAUUGUGCCUCCAAGACUCAGUCCUGGCGUUCCACCGGCACGGAGUACAAGGCCGGUCUCUGCGCAACGGCGACGUGACGCAGGAGAUCACGGACCACUCGCGCGUGUACCGGCUGCUGGGCGCCGACAAGGUGGUGGUACUAGAAUCUCGGCUGGUCCAAAACAAUGCGAUUUCCAGUGAUGAUGGCAAUGACCUCUACAUUCUAGCGGGACACGAGGCGUCCUACUGAAUAAGCGACCUUAUGCAAUAAGGGUUACAGUUAAAAGUCGCACGGCAAGGCGAGUUUUCUCUUCCAAUUAUUAUUAAAAACGUACCUUAUGUGAUAGGGUAAAAGAGUUAGAUUUGAUUGUUUAAAAGUCUGUGUAUAGAGAUUAUAGUGAUGAAUUUAAAGUUAAUGUUUAAUGAUAGUGAAAUACCUAGUUUUUUUAGGAAAAUUUCAGUGUUCAGCUACCUUACCACUACCGAAACAUUACCAAUUAACUGCUGCUCCCCUGUCAAAAAUCUGUCAGAUCCAUACAAGUUACGUCAGAUUUGACAAGGGAGCGACGCUGCUUAAGGAUCGUUUAUUGCUAAUGUUCGGUGGUGGUAACCCCACAGGUUGGUUUCAGAGAGAAAUUUCGAUGACAUUAAUAUUGAUUUGGCGAUUCCUAUGAAAGUUAGUAUAUCUAAGUUGAUUUAGAAUGAAAUAGGUCUAAACAUGAACACUGGAAUAAACCUGAAUGAUCUUACUAAUAAACCAGGCAUAACUUUGGACUAAGUAAUCCGUGAACUACAGGCUGUUGCAAAAAGGGUAUACUAAGCCGAAAGGGGGUGACUCAGAGGGUCAUUCUGAACAACUUUUGUUCUACGAGUUUUGAUAAUUCAAUUUAGUAUACCCUUUUUGCAAAACCCUAUAGGUAUAUCUAAAGUCUAAAUUAUGGAAAAUCAUCGCAACGAAAAUUUUAAUAAUAACUAUACCCAAAGUGAUGCGAGGUUUAUUAGUACUAGGGUAAAAUGUUGUGCUAAAAGUUUAAAUUAAGACUUAAAUUGAAAUGAACACCAAAGCAGCAAUAUUUUGAACAAAGAUAUUUGGAAUGAUAUAAGUAAGGCGGACUUAUUGCUAAAACAAAAUUUCUUCUCACAUUUCUUAGCCUUGUAAGUAAAAAAUUAGAUUCGGUGCGUAUUUUGGAAAAAAGAUGGCGUAUGAUUAGAGACAAACUAAACCUUCUUACUAAAUACAUUUCCUUAACCCAAUUAUAAUAUUCCAAUUAUCUUUCUUAACACUAAUAAAUCCAUAGGUAAUAUGCAUUU